AGAAGAGGGUUCAGGUUAGGGAUGGGGAGAGCUAACUCGCCUGAGGGUUGGUGGGAAGAAGGGGCAGGAGGAGGGAGAGCUGACUGGCGGUAGUGAGAGUCCUCACCUGGCUCUGAGCCCAGCCCAGGUCACCUGUGCCCCGGUGCCUGGCUCCUGCCUCCCGUCCUAGAGAACUUUGUUUGCUGGAGUGACAGUCGCAUGACUGCCUGGGGCGGGGUUUGGGGGGUGGCACUUGAUGGUUGGGGAGCCGUCAGACUGGGCGUCAGCAGCUGGACAAAGACUGAGAAUGCUGUGGGGGGUGUUUGGAGGACACAGGGGUCAGGCCGGCCGGGAACCCUGGAGCUGGCUAGAGGCUGAAGGGAAGCCAGCGCGGCCCCUGGACUGGGAAGCAGAAAGGGAGAUGGGGGAAGGCAGGACGGAGGUGUUGCCUUUCAACAGGUCUUUGAAGACCCAUUGCUAGAUGGGAUUCAGUGCCCUAUGAUCUCCUCCUUGGCACCCCCUAUGCCCGCCGGACUUCACAUCUGACCCCCGACCCGCCUGCCGCCUUGGGAGGCCCGCCCCCCGCCCCCCUCCCCCACCGGCAAGAUGCCCAUCCUCAAGCAGCUGGUGUCGAGCUCGGUGCACUCCAAGCGCCGCUCCCGCGUGGACCUCACGGCCGAGAUGAUCAGCGCCCCCUUGGGCGACUUCCGGCACACCAUGCACGUGGGCCGGGCGGGGGACGCCUUCGGGGACACGUCCUUCCUCAACAGCAAGGCCGGCGAGCUGGACGGCGAGUCCCUGGAGGAGCAGGCCGCCUCCUCGUCUUCCAAACGCGGCCUCCUGUCCCGGAAGUUCCGGGGCAGCAAGCGGUCGCAGUCGGUGACCAGGGGGGACCGGGAGCAGAGGGACAUGCUGGGCUCCCUGCGGGACUCGGCGCUGUUCGUCAAGAACGCCAUGUCCCUGCCGCAGCUGAACGAGAAGGAGGCCUCAGAGAAGGGCUCCGGCAAGCUGCCCAAGAGCCUGUCGUCCAGCCCCGUGAAGAAGGCGAGCGCCGGGGAGGGCGGCCAGGAGGAGGCGGGCGAGGGGGAGCUGGCGCCCCGGCGGAACGGGGCCACCGCGCUCCACUCCCCCGACCCCCUCCUCGACGAGCAGGCCUUCGGGGACCUGACGGAGCUGCCCGUGGUGCCCAAGGCCAGCCUGGGGCUCAAGCACGCCGAGUCGGUCAUGUCGUUCCACAUUGACCUGGGCCCCUCCAUGCUGGGCGACGUCCUCAGCAUCAUGGACAAGGAGGAGUGGGACCCCGAGGAGGAGGGCGGCGGUUACCGUGACGGGGACCCCGCAGGCAGCACCCUCCGGGCUCCCCCGGCCCUGGCAUCGGCGGCCCCUCCGCGGGCAAGGCAGCAAGAAGGCGCGUCGGGCCGGGACCCGCCCCAGGACGAGGGCUGGGCGGCGGCCCCCAGCCCCGGCUCGGCCCGCAGCGAGGGCAGCCACACCACGCGGGACAGCAGCUCCCUGUCCAGCUGCACCUCGGGCAUCCUGGAGGAGCGCAGCCCCGCCUCGCGGGGGCCCGACAGGGCCCGGGCCGCGCUGCCCCGGCAGCAGGACAAGGAGUUCUCCUUCAUGGACGAGGAGGAGGAGGAUGAGAUCCGGGUGUGAGGGGCACCAGGCAGGAGGGGGGGCUCCGUCUCCUCCCUGCCCCCUCCCCCCCUCCAGGCCACCACCCCCUUCCCUUCCCUGUCCCUUCCCAUCCUGUGCAAGGCAGCCGGGAGCCUGGCUUCCACUGCAGACCCUGGACGUCCCCCGUCCUGGACGUGGGGCGCUGGCGAGGCCAGGGCCCCAAUGGGGACACAGGGAGGUGGCGUGGGCACCCAGCCCUCCCGUGUGCUGCGGGCCGGACCGGGUGCUUACGGCAGGAACCGGUUCUCCCUUCCCUCCAGCCCGGCCUCAGACGGUGACGCAUGUCAGCCAAGUCCCCGCCUCGUGGGGCAGCAGCGGCGGGUCAGUCCGGGAGCGGCCCCGGUGCCUCGGCCAAGGACGCUCGGCUCGCCUUUCCUCUCCUGGCGUUUCUGCUGUGACUGGUGGCCGUGUGGCAGGAGGAAAGGUGGUCCCACGCCCCGGCCCCCCGCUCCCGGCUCCUGCACCGUGAGCCUGGAGCCCCUUGGAGCAAAGCCGGACCGAAUGUGUGCACUAAACGCGGCCCCUUCCAGGGGGGAGAACAGGAUGGGGAACGAAAGAAAGGAGGCCCCAGGCUUCCUGAAUUUUCUAAAAGGGGCCUUUCCAGGAUGACACUAGGAACAGGCUGGGCACUCGCUCGGCCCCUAUCGAUCCGUUUGUUCUCCUGUCCUGUUUAAAUCCUUCCAGAGCAUAUCUGGAACAGUGUUAACAGCUCUGCUACCAGAUGGAAGAUCAAAUCCUUUUAGAAAACCUUUAUACUAAGUGCUUCCAGACUUUAUUUAGAACUGUGUGGGGUGGGUGUCCGUGCGUGUGUGUCCUUCCCCUCCCCCCCACCCCAUGGCUAUUAACAGUUGAAGGCAGCCAGUGUAGAAAUUUUCUGGAAAAGGAUUUUUUAAAAAAUUAAUAUAUCAUUUCUUGGAGGGCUAGAAGCUUUUUUGACUGAGUUACUCCCCCCCCAUACACACACACACACACACACACACACACACACACACACACA